CUACGGAAUCUUCCAAGUACAAAGCAUGUAAUCUCUCUGUCCAGGCUCCUAUGGAAAUGCUUACUCCUGUUCAUUCAGACUACUGCCAACAUAUCUCAUUCGACACAUGUUCGCGGAACAAAUCAUCAUAUAGCAUCCACGUCGCUCAGCUCUAUACCUAACAUUCCUGACAAAGGGAAAGGCCCUGCACGCAAGUUUAGUUUGGAUCUUUUCCGUCGCAAAAGCGUGCAGUCGAAUGACACACCAGGCGCGAAGAUCGAACAAGAAACUACGGGUCAUUUGUGGGUUUUUUGUCAGUGUCUCAUUCACUUGCACAACUUAUAGUAUCCUGCCAAAACCUAGCAAUAUUAUUCCCACCCGUUCGUUGACGAGAGUAAAAGACUUUCACGUACCUCCAGGGGGACUUUGCAAUACAUUUCAGUGUAUCUUGCAAGACAAGGCUUUCAAAAAGGAGAAGGUCGCUGUCAAGUCCAUCAAGGUACGAGACGACGAUGAAACGACUAUUGAGGAAACUCGAAAGAUUAUCCUAGAGCAAGUGCGAGACUGGAUGUCUCUCCGCCACGAAAAUCUAUUGCCUAUCUACGGUACUACCACUGGGUUCGGCUCUAGCCUUCCAUGUUUCGUUUCGCCUUGGAUGAAGAGUGGAUCCUUGACCAACUACCUAAGCGCCAUGAAUCAGCCUCUCCCAAGCUCUAAGAAAUUUUUGCUUCUAUCUCGUGUCGCAGCUGGGCUCCACUUUCUUCAUAGCAAUGUCAUAAUACACGGCAAUCUCAGUAGUAAUAAUGUUCUCAUUGAUGAUCGCUGUAAUGUCCGUCUCGCGGACUAUGGGCUAUCUUCAGUCGUAUCCGCGUGUGGCGAACUCUUUCAGUCCUACCAUUGCGGUGCUUUGCGCUGGACGGCCCCGGAACUCAUCAGCGACGACGAUCAGGAUGGCAACGAGUACAGCGACAUCUAUUCUUUCGGAUGCAUCAUGCUUCAUGUGCUCUCCGGAAAGUUACCGUACUGGUGGCUGGACGAUGUUCUGCGCGUACUUUCUGCGCGACACAAUGGCGUGAAUCCAGUUCGUUGCGGGACGGAGGUGCAUGAGGGACAUGUGAAAUUCGUCCAGCAUUGCUUGUCAAUUUCUCCUGCGGACCGACCAACAAUGGAGAACAUAAACAGUUUUAUUGCCAGGUUCAUUGUAAAGUAGAUCCCACUCAGGUUGAUAGUCCCACACAACCAAAUGUUAAUCAGACUACUUUCAAUGGCUACCGAUGUUUCAUGCUCUC